AUGCACAGGUUUAAGAUCGAUGAUCCCGAUAUUUGCCUUGAAUUCAUGCAAGAAAACUUGUAUGACCGAGAAGGAGCGCCCAUUCUGUGCAAUUGGUCCGGACCAUGCUAUAUAACACGUCACGUCGGGGAGGACACAGCAACCGGCAGCCAUGACAAGAUGUUUCCUUGUGGCACCAGAACUGAGUCGACUUGCGGCUCAAGCCGAUGACAUGGUGGGAUUACAAAGAGCUUCAUCAUCACACCAUCAUGAUUUAAGCGAUGUGCUAACUAAGCGCGAUAACGAGGAAUGUACAGAAGCUUAAAGAUGUGCUUAAAGUGAGUGACCCUUUCGCGAUGGAAAGUCAUCUGGUGAACGUCAUCACAAAAGCAGUUAUGCUAGGUUACAUCAAGGAGGGAGUGCUAAUGCAAAAUGACAUCGGCCAGGCAUAUUUUGGCACAUUAGUUUGUUCAAGCAAAAAUCGUCGAGGCCCCAAGAAAAAGGUACAUCUCAAGUCAUGGAAGUUUGCUUGGCAAACAAAGAAAAACAAAACAACUAGUGGAAUCGCACCCUUAAAGGAUGACAGAGCUCUCUUCACACGUUUCUUAGUUGUGAUUCUCUCAAGGCCUGAUCUUCACAUGGAGGAUACCAUAAGAACUUUUAAGUUAGCUGAGUUUCCGAGUACGCCCUUCUCCUCUGAUGGCAGUUUGCUACACUGCAUUGCCAAGAGCAAGCUGAUUAACAUCCUAGAAGGCCUUCUACCCCAUCAGUAGCCACAAACGCCUACAGUACAACCUCGCUUUCCAGACCCUUUCAGUACGCCUUUGGUAAUUUUUUAUGCCAUUGCAGCAGUUCAGUCACUGGGAACGCCAUCGUGGGUAAGAAACAAGCGUGAAAGCCAUUUCAUAGAAGCCGUUGAUGCUAAGACUAAUGUUUCCACCGACGUUCAUGUUGUAUUUGACCGCUACUAGAUCCCCUACUCCUUAACGGAAGUAACGCGCCAGUUUAACGACUGGUUACAAACAGAGCAGGGAUAUACAGUGAUUACUGUCGAUGUUGUUAUUGACAAGGCAACUAUGAAAGAUCUUUUAAACUGCAACCAGAAUAAGGAUGCACUGGCUAUAAUCCUUGCAACACAACUCAUUGAGUGCAAGAAAGACUCGCAGAUGAUGUAUGUAGUAAAUUCUAAAGGUGACUGUAUGGCAUCUAAUACCGUACCGAUUCAACACUUAAGGAGUGAGCAGGAAGAAGCAGACACCCGUAUGCUCCUGCAUGGUCUAGACGCCACAAAGAGAGGAGAAACGUCCACAUCCAUUCAGAGCCAAAAUGUAGAUGUACUCGUUCUGAUGCUCUGGACUUAA